GGAUUUAUUUAUUUAUUUAUUUAAUUUGUUCUCUGGGAGAGUUUGAACCUCGGCGGCCACCGUCGUGCAAAUAAACAUGGCGUCCGACGGUGAGAGCGAGGAGGAUUUUGUCACUUAUGGAACUCCUUUAGAGCCUCUUGAAGAAGAUGAGCCUCUCAGGAAGCCGAUACCCGUGCAGGAUCAGACGGUCAAGGACGAGAAAGGCCGAUACAAACGGUUUCACGGAGCUUUCACCGGUGGCUUCUCCGCCGGCUACUUCAACACCGUGGGGUCGAAAGAAGGUUGGGCGCCGUCUACGUUCGUGUCGUCCCGAAAUCAGAAGGCAGACAAGAACAAUGCCAGACCCGAGGACUUCAUGGAUGAAGAGGAUUUGAGCGAGCAUGGCAUCGCACCUCAACAGAUCACAACCACAGACGACUUCGCUUCUGGGAAGCCCGAUCAGAUCAGGGACAAAGCCCGAGCCAUCGUCUCCCUCACUGCUCCCAUCCCAGGAGACACUCUGUUGGAGGAGAUGAUCGCACCAGCACGGUCGUCUGUCGGGGUGGAGCUGCUUCGGAAGAUGGGAUGGAAGGACGGCCAGGGGGUCGGACCCCGAGUGAAAAGGAGACAGCGCAAACAAGACACGGAUGUGAAGGUGUAUGGAUGUGUUCUGCCAGCCAGUGGACCUGAGGAGUUGGAGGAUGAUGAUGAGUUCGCUCCUGAGAACGUGACUUUUGCCCCAAAAGACGUGACCCCGGUGGAUUUCACCCCUAAAGACAACGUCCAUGGACUCGGAUACCGAGGUCUCGACCCCCUGCAGGCUCUGACGGGUGGUCCGGGGGCGUCGCAUAUCAACCUCUUCACGCUGGACUCUGACAGGACGAGUCUGUUUGGGGGCAGGAAGGCGGGGCAACGUCGUAAGGGUGGGAUCUCCGGACAGGCGUUCGGCGUGGGAGCGAUGGAGGAGGAAGACGAUGAUAUCUAUCAUAGAGACACCAUGUCUAACUACGACAGCGUUCUGGGUGGGGAGGAGCCAGGGGACGGGCUUUACGGAUGGACGGCACCUCAGCAGUACAGACAGAAGAAGAAAGAUUCGAGCAGAGAUGCAGCGUAUGUGGGGAAAAUCCUGGAAGGUUUCACGUUAGCUCCCAAACCUGCGGAAGCGAAAACCGUUUUUCCUCCGCCGGUUCUGCCUCGUGAUUUCCGCCCGGUUCAUCAUUUUCGGCCGGUGGUGGACGCGUCGUCCGUCAGCCCGCUGGUAGCUCAGGCGCUGCAGGCUUCACGUGGACAGCUUUCCCAGGAUGCACCACAGCAGAGCCGCCACACGUUGGACUCUACCCAGAGGAGAGAGAUGCUGGGAGAGACCAGCCUACAGGGUCCUCACUCUGUGUUCGAGCUCCUGGACAUGAAGGACAGAGAGAGGUUGAGUGAGAUCCGUAAAGCUGCAGAAGACAAGAGAUCUACUUCACAGGAUCGUUUCCGCUCCAGCACGACGCCAGCUCAACAUCACGCUCAGCUCCUAGUCGCUAAAGCUCAGGCAGACGUGAAGCUCCUGAAGUCCCGGGCUACAGACACUCAGCAACAGGCUCUCAGCGUCUGGUCAAGUCCCACAGCUCAAACCAGCCAGACGUUUAAGCCGUUCGAGAAGGACCCAUCCAAGCAGGCGAGAUACGAUCGCUACAUCAGCCACCUGAAACAGGGGGAUAAAGACGCUCUGGAUUUAAGUCUGGACCCGACCGUGACGGAGUGGGAGAGAAGCCGAGAGCGAGACGAGUUCAUGCGCGCCGCUGUGCUGUAUAAGCCGAGUAACUCCUCGCUCUCCUCCCGCUUCACCCGAGCCAAACACGAGGACGACGACGACAGCGUGGAGGUGGCACCAGAUCAGGAGGGCGACAUAAAUGACAAGGAGGCAGCAGUGAAGAUGAAAAUGUUUGGGAAACUCACCAGAGACACGAUGGAAUGGCAUCCUGAUAAACUCCUCUGCAAGAGGUUUAAUGUUCCAGACCCUUAUCCAGGCUCGGCCAUCGUAGGCAUCCCCAAAGUGAAGCGCGACAAGUUCUCUGUAUUCAACUUCCUGUCUGUAUUGGAUGACAGACAGGUCUCUCAAGCCACGCCCACAUCCAGUUCAGGGAGCGCUCCCACUGCCUCGGGCAAACGCUCACGCUGGGAUGUAGCUGAUCGGGGGUCAAAGGUUAAAGAGGCUGAGCAACAACAAGACCACAUGAUCACUGCGACAACAUCUACAACAUCUACAACAUCUACAACAUCUACAACAUCUACAACAUCCUCAGACUCCAUGACUGCUGCUGAGUCUAAAGUAUCCGAGUCUGGCGCUGAGCAGAAAAUAAAGAAGGAGGAUGAGGAGGAGGAGGAGGCAGAGGAAGAAGAGGUCAGACCUUCCAUAGACCUGUUCAAGGCCAUUUUUGCCAGCUCAUCCGAUGAGAAGAGCUCGUCUUCUUCCGAGGAAGACAGUGGUGAAGAGGAGGCGCAGGAGGCGGAGCCAGAGAUACCUGUUGUCACACCUGUUGUUCCUCAGGCUCCUCCCACAUCAUGUUUAACAAACGUGACCGAGUCGGAAACCCGAAUCGCAGACGAACAAAAAGACUCUUCUUCUGUCAAGACUGCAGAUCUGGACUGCGAGGAGUUCGGACCCAGACUACCUCCACCUGGGCAAGUCUUCCCCUCGUCCUCGUGGGAGGAAAAACCAAGGAAACGGAGCAAAGAGAGACACAAAUCCAAGAAAGAGCACAAACACCACAAAGAGAAGAAGCAUAAGAAGAAGAGUAAGAAGCACAAGCAUAAAGGGAAACAGAAGAAGAAGAAAAAGACGGCGGAGACCGACAGUAGCUCCGGCGACUCCGACUCUGACGAUGGCAACGUAACGAAGACGCGUUCGGUGUCCAACGACGAGCUGCUCCUGAGGUCCGGGGUCUUCCCUGUUGAAAAACCUCGGAGGAAAGAAGUGACCGCGUGAUGACUCUGAGACGGAGAAACUGUCCUCCAUGAGGAUUCUGCUUUAACACAGAUCUACACGGAGCUACAUUUUGUGUGAAUCCGUGUUUUAGAAAAUGAAGAACGUGCUUCCUAAACCUGUACAUGAUUUAAAAAUAAAGUUGCCGUGAAUCCCG